AAACAAAAGUGGAGGCGCGGAGCGCGGGAGUGUCGGAAAGUUAGGAAACAAAGUCAAGUUGGAAGUUGGAGAGUUACAUUCUGAACAUUUUAAGAUGGAGCAAAAAAUUGUCAACCUAGUUAAGCUAGGAAAAAAGAACGAACUGAAAGGUUUGCAGGAAUUUGUGGAGUCUUUUGAUAUCGAUGAGAUUGGUCCUUUGGUGUCUCGUUCCAUAUUAAAAGAUGAGUUUUCACAAGUGCUUGGAUUUUUUCUUGAUGGCCUCACUCAAACUGGCCAGUCACAUCAACUACGAUACAAGGUCACAGAAAGGCUGCUUCAUGAAUUUGAAAACCAUGACAUACCUUUAGCAAAAGCCAACAUGAUCACCAGUAGAUUAAAAUUAGAGGUUUCAAACUUUUCUGCAAACCACCUAGUGAAAUUAUGUGAUUUAUGCAUGAGUAUUGUAUGUGAGCGGAGAGGUAAGGAACAAAAUGGUCAUGACAACCAAUCUUCUCAGAGUCACAUGUGUUGGAAGGAACUUCUACCAGCUAUGUUGUCACUUCUAAUUGAUAGAAAAAAGGUUACUCAAAGUGGAACUACCCUCUCAGGGGAGGAAUACAAAUCUCAAAUUGUGAAAACUCUUUGUCAAUCAGCUUGGAAACCACAGAUAGUUACCUCCCUGGCCAGUAUGCUCAUCAACAUCCCAUUAGCUCCAGAGGAACACCUACAAGUUGUUAAUAAAAUGUGUUGUUGUAUGGAAGAACUCUCUCCUCAAGAAUUGCCUUCUUUGGUUCAUGAAAUGUUAGAACUGUGCAAAGAGAGACAUGGGCUACAACUUAUCAUGAAACUAAAUCAUUACUUUCAUUCUCGUCUGUAUAAGACUUAUAAGAGCAAUUCUGAUAUGAUUUCCUCUCAGAUGCUGGAAUCUGAUAAUAUAGAAGUUGAAUCAGUGGAGGAAACCAAACAAGCUUUCGGAACAGUACUGUAUCACAUCCACAAAGUCUCUGGAAGCUACAGUUCCAUCAAAGAUUUUGUAAAUACAAUGGGUAAAGUAGCCAAAGGAGCUCCAGAAGCAGUAUUACAACCGGUUAUUGUCAGCAUAUUGUUUGGUAUUGCUACAGUCUCUACAUAUGAGGACCAGGUUUUUACUAUACUGAGAACAAGUAUAGCCAGAGGCGUACUUGAAAAUGAGAAAAAGAAAGAGUCUGCAUGGAUGAGAGAUGUCCGAAUCAAUACAGUGAAUAUACAGGACCUGAUUAGUAUUUUAAUUGAUUGCUGUAAGAAUGGUCAGCUUGGAGCUGAAGAAGGUCUUGUCAACUUGGCAUUUGAACUGUUACGGGGUAAUUCAGUACGAGGGAAGGAAUCUGCCUCUGCCUCUGACCAGGUGUGGCACUUUGGAACAUUUAUUCUGCUACGACUGAUGCGUUAUCAGCGCCAUGUGGCUAGCUCCGUGUUACAGAGACUUUGUGACUGCAUUAUCACGGGGGAGGGUGUGCAACAAUAUAUCAAGUGCCUUGGCCAGAUGUGUCGUGAGAUGCGUGUUCUCGUGAUGGAGCACCAAAGUAUAAUUAUCACAUUACUGAGUUUUCUUCGAGUAAUCCAGUGGAGUGUUGCUAGAGAUAUUGUUCUUGCAGUUUUACCCAUAGUGCUACAUGCAUCUGGUGUAAGGGAUAAUCUUAUACUGGUUCUCCGUAAAGCUUUAUUUUCAAGGGAUAUUAGCAUUCGUAAGGUUGCAGUUCAUGGUUUUAUAGAAAUGUUAAAAAAUUUACGCUUAGAAGCCGGUUCUUUGGGACAUUUAAGCCAGGGCUCAUCCUCAAGCACUUUCAGUGGAUUCAACAUUCUCAGUCAAGUCUCAGUUGAGGUACAUAGUCAAGCGCCUGGGACCAAUACAAACACUAAGGAAGCAAUUUGUCUGGAGGUCUUGGGUGCACUCCGUGGAUGCUUGAACCAACAGGCCGAAGUUCGCAUGUGUCUUUAUAAAGGGCUUAUUGAAGUUGUUGAAAGCAAUGCUCCUCUCACUGGUCCAAUUUUGUUCUGGUUACGCGGACAUCUGCUUAAGCAAUGUGACCUGGAUGUACUUCCUCCUCUUCACAUGAACAGUAUAAUUCAUGAGGCUGUACUGCAAGAGCCAGUUGGUGCAUUACUCUACCUAAUACAGCAGGUAGUUCAAGUAGCAUGUGAUCGGGAAGAUGAAGUUGAUGAAAGAACUUUAACUCAAGUGACAGAUGUACUGGAAAAACUAGUUGCAGGAAUGAGUCGAUGUAGCCUUGAAAAUUUCGACUUGGAUGAGGAUGUUCGUUUGAUGGAUUCAUCUGUAGAAAACAAACGAGCUGCUGAAGUUCUUAAACAAGCAUUGGCUGUAUAUGAGGCUUUGAUGUGCUUUUGCAUAAAUACUUGGAGUUUAAACACACCUGAGCAAGGUGCAAAAUUGUUGGCACUAUUUAAGUGUUAUUCAAGACUUGUUGAUUUUUCAAAGAGCGCAACUACGGGGGGCAAUAAUAAGAAGGAAGCUACAAUUGCUCCUACUGCUAAAUCACAGCCAGAGAAGAAAGGUCGUUUUGGAAGAGCUCCAGUAUUUAAACUUCCUCCAACCAUCUUAGGACUACCAUUUUUGUCUCGAACACUUGACUUACUUCACAUGGAAGAAGUGCCUUGGUCAACUACUAUUGCAGCUGCAAGUGUCAAAGGUAAAAGAGAAUUUCAUCGUUAUGUUAUGAAUGUGGUUGUCCAGAAUGUGGCUGAACUGAAAAAAGAACUUCUGUCUGGAAAUGUGUCUGCACUUAAACCUUGUGCUAAAAUAGCCAGGAAAAUAUAUGAGCACUGUGUUUGUCGCCUUUCAGAAAUUGAUUCAUUUGAUCGCACUCUGGCUACACUUGUAAUAGAAAGUUUCUUAGAGUUGCUUCAAAUGGUCCUGGCUCACUGUAGAGAUAAAUGGAAAGCAUUCCUUCAAGAAAUGACGCAAGUACCUAUGGGGGAUGGCGUGGCAAACCAACUUGAGCCUGUUGUGAUGAAGCUAGUAGAACUUCUCGAUGAGAAUUUAACUGAUGAAGAUGACACUAAUGAAGAGGCCAUUGAUAAAAAACUUACACAGCACUUAAGUUCUGCUUUGUCAGUGGCUGCUCUCCGGCUACCUGCAGAAUCUUCACAAUGUGUAGAGAUUCUGGAAAAAGUUCGCUCUCUGUGCUCUGAGAAGUCAGUCAAAAAUGUUAAUAUUGUGAAAAUACUUGUGCAAUUAUUAAUGCAUUUAACUGUUCGAAGCAAAUCUGAGAGUCAGUUGUUACUUAACAUGACAAAGCAGCUUCAAGAAGAAAUUGGUGUUCUUCCAGAUGUACAAGUAGAAGAGCUUAAUGCUGCUCUUAACUUGCGUAUCCUAAACUCUGUGACCAAACAUGGUGUUCUUGGUAUUGUAUGUUCAAUCAUUAAAGGACGCUUGGAAGAAGUUGAGUGGAUGACUGUAAGACUAGAUUCAGAGCUCACAAUGCUGGACUUUCCAUCAGAUGAUGAUACAUUUGAAAGAAAUAAAGAACUACUCAGAACCAAAGAGAGAGAAACAGUAUGUCACAUGGCUCGAUGCAUUCAGUGCGGUGUUUCCCUGAGCAUUUGUGCUCCUCAAGCAGGCACUCCUGCUGAUGUCAUUUUGAAACUUCAUGGUGAUGCCUUUGAUACUCUUUCUCGGAUGACAAAAUAUUUCACAAGACGAUCAUCUAAGGAAAACAAAGUAUUUGAAGCAGCUCGAUUUGAUAAAGUGAUCAGAAAUGCUGGAAAGUAUUUGGCAAGAAAUAUGUUUGCGUUUGUAAGCUAUAUUGGGGAGAGAAAAAAUGAAGAAGGAACAAAAAAGAAAAAAUGUUACCCUGCCCUACAAAAAACAAAGGUGCUUAGGGAGACUCGUUUGAUUCCCAGUCUAGUUCGCAAGAAGGAAACAUUUGAUCAAUGUGUAAUUAAGCUCUCUAAAGAUUGCAAAGCACCUGAGCUUCUGGACAUUGUUAAGCAUAAUUCAGCAAGAGACUUUAGCCUAAAACCACAGGCUAUAAAGAGAGCCUUGAGAGAACAUGCGGACGAAGCUUCUGAUGAUGAUGAUGAAGAAGAAGAAACAGAUGGCAAUGAAACUGUGCAACCUGUUAGUUUAAAUUUCUGUCUUAAUGUCGUUUCCCUUUUUCAACAAAACUGAAUAGUAUGUUAAUUUGUUUAAA